AUGGCGGGGAAAGCCUUCCUCUGCUUUUCUGUGGUGAUUCUCCUCUGGGCUGCUACAGCUCUCAGUAUGUCAGUCUUCUACAGCAGCCCAAAGGCACAUAUGCUCUUGCGCUCCAGAAGAGCUAAUGGAUUUAUCGAAGAAGUCAUACCUCCCUCCAAAGAGCGAGAGUGUGUGGAGGAACGAUGUGACUUUGAGGAGGCGAGGGAGAUCUUUCAGACCAGAGAGGCCACGUUAGAGUUCUGGACUGUGUAUCAAGAUGGUAACCAAUGCAUCUCAAACCCCUGCAAGAAUGGCAUUUGUGUGGACAAGUUCCAUUCUUAUGUUUGCCUCUGCAACCCUGGGUUUGAAGGAAAAUACUGUCACCUACGUAGUACGGCUUCUAACUGCUCAGUGAACAAUGGAGGCUGUCAUCACGAAUGCUAUGAGAGGAAUGACCGAUAUGAGCGCCACUGCACCUGUAUCCAAGGUUACCAACUCCAUGAGAACUCCAGAGAGUGCCUGCCCAAGAGUGUUCAUUCAUGUGGACAGAUUUUGAUUGGCAAGUCUUCCUUCAGCACUAAGCCAUUCCAUGGCCUAAAACCAUGGCUAGUGGGUGGUGAAGUUGGCCGGAAGGGAGAGAGCCCCUGGCAGGCUCUUGUAUUGAAUUAUAAAGGAGUAUUUCACUGUGGUGGUGUCUUGAUUGAUGAACGAUGGGUUCUCACUGCCGCUCACUGUCUUGAGGGAAGUCUGCGCUUCAGCGUCAGACUAGGUGAUUAUUUCCGUUUUAAGCAUGAAGGAACUGAAGAGACCAUUCCUGUAACAAACGCCAUCCCCCACCCAAAUUACAACCCCAUGACUGCAGACAAUGACAUAGCCCUUCUACACCUGAACUCACCAGUGAAAAUUACCACCUAUAUCCUGCCCGCAUGCCUCCCGAGCCGCAGCCUGGCUGAGCGCAUGCUGCACCUCAACGGAACCCAAACUGUGGUGACAGGCUGGGGGAGGGAAAAUGAGACGGCCAACCGCUACAGUGCCGCCCUCAACUACAUCACCAUCCCCUUGGUGGACCCCACCGAGUGCGCUCGCCACAUGACUAACAACAUCACGCAGAAUGUGCUGUGUGCUGGGACGCUCAAAGUGAUGAAGGAUGCUUGUUACGGAGACAGCGGGGGCCCGAUGAUGACGCAGUACCACAACACAUGGUUUCUCAUUGGCCUGGUGUCAUGGGGGGAAAAAUGUGGUCACGCAGACAAACUGGGCAUUUAUACCAAAGUCUCAAAUUAUUUGGAAUGGAUAGAAAGCAUAAUGUCAGGCUCCUGA